AUGACGACAAAUCCUCACGACUCACCUUCGCUUUCCCAGGCGUCCCCGUCAAACACCAGUCCCACCACCGCGACAGUCCCACAACAACAACUCGGUCUGGGCGAGUGCUGCUCAUGGGUCGACCAGCAGAAGGCAAUUGCACAACUUCUACCAAACGUAGCAGCGCGGUCACCGCUCAACUCUCGUUUGCUACUGGCGCAGUUUGAUGCGCAUUCCAUCACUGUGUAUCAGGCGUACAAGCCCUCAAUCAGCCGACAGGCCGUGGCGACAGAAACCUUUUGCGACUCUGACUUCAGCUUUUCGCGCAUGACUUGGAUCAAACCAAACUUUAGCUGGAUGAUGUACCGCUCCGGAUGGGCCUCGAAGCGCAACCAGGAAACGAUUCUGGCCAUCAGGCUUACUCGCACUUACUUUGACCAACUUCUCCAACAGGCCGUAUCAUCCAGUUGGGACGGAGCUUCAUAUGGCUCCCGGGAAGAAUGGCACAAGGCUCUUAGGGCCUCCAAGGUCGUCGUGCAGUGGGAUCCGGAUCACCAUCUCGUCACAGGGGCCAAACUACCUUACCGUGUUAUACAGUUGGGUAUCCGUGCGGGUGCCCUCGAAGGGUUCCGCGGUUUCGGCAUUGUCUCGAUCACCGACAUUACAACGCAAGCUAAAGCUAUGCAACAGGAUAUCUCGACGGCAUCCGGUUUGCGAGACGCGCAGACGCCGUGGGAGAAACGCUACCCUAUAUCAGGGUCCAUGAAAGCGACUCUAGGGAUACAAAACGGAACGCUGUAA